CUCCUUCGGGAAAAUCGGUCAUCUUGGAGCCGAAAACAGUGUGCUUGAAAACUUGCUUCUGCAACCUCAGCCCGACCAAAGCUUCGUCCUCUCCACAUCGUUCUUCGGCGCAGGAUACCCGGGACCGCCUGCCCCGGUUCUGUCAGCCUCAACGGUAGCGGUCACCCCGCACCGCAAUCUCUCGGGCGGCUCUCCCACGACUCGCGUCGUUGUCUCGGCCGCAGCAUGGCCCGGCGGCGGUUCCCAAAGGGGAGAGGAAGGGAAUCACCGCGCGGGAGCGGAGUCUCCCCUCAGGUCUCCUCGUCGUAAGCCGCGUCCGCCCCCCCCCCCCCAACUCCCCAGUCUGAGAAUCGGGCGCGUUCUCCCUCCUCCAUCCGGCUAACCUCGACCAAUCGAAAAGAUGCGCACGUGAUAAGCGUUCCCAACGAUGACUUCAUCCCUGGUGUGGGAUGACGUCAAAUUCAAGAUGGAUGGAAUCACGGCGGUGGCGGCGGCGCGCGCGGGUGAAUCGUAAAAGGAGACGGCCGAAGGGGGAAGGAAAAGGGGUGCGCGGAAGACUACAUGAUAUAAAAACUUCAAAGUCAUUGCCAAUUAAGGAGUAAAUGCAGUCCUGAAUCUAAGGUUUCUCUUGUUUGGAAGUGUUUUCAAGAAGAAGAAAAAAGCAUUUCUGAUCACAAUAUCUACAAAAAGCAGAAGAACUACUAGAAGACAAAGAAUCUUACAUCCCAGUGAACACUAAUGCAACAUAAAAACUAGACAAUCAGAUCAAGAGAACUAUCAAUGACCUCAUUAAGAAAGGCCAAAUUACCAAAGAUAAACAGUGGCAGAUGAGAAGCAGUGGACCCAUCCUUUCAUGCUUCUACAGAUGUCCCAAAAUAUACAAACCUGACACACCUCUCUGUUCAAUCAUAUCAUUAGUGGGGACCCCUACCUACAAUAUAACAAAAGAAUUAACAAAAAAGCUUUGGCACCUCACAAGAGGAAGCAAACAUUCCAUCAACUUUCCACUACAGUGCCUUCAAUCUAUCAGAGAUGUGACUAUAGAUGAGGACAAAAUCAUGGUCUCAUUUGAUAUCACAGCUCUGUUCAUGUCCAUAGAUUCAGAAUUAGUCAAAGGAUUUAUGACAACAUUGUUCCACAGCACAGUUGAUUUAACCAAAUUACAUGGAGAUUGAAACACCCAGGAUUAUAGACCUCAUAAACCUCUGCCUAACCACAUAUUCCAAUUUGAUGGACAAACUUACCAACAAAUUAAAGGCACACCUAUGGGAUCACCACUUUUAGGAUUUAUAGCAGAAGUCAUUAUGUAACUCCAUGAAGCUAUUGCACUUCCACAAAUACAACCCAAAAUAUGGAUCACGUAUGUAGAUGAAAUCUCUACCAAUAAAAAAAGACUAAUUGGAGAACAUUCACAGAACCAUCAACAACAUUUUCAAAGGAAUCAAGUUUACCAGAGAAGAAGAAAACAACAAAUUGCUGCCCUUGCUGAAUAUCCUGAUCAGCAGAGACCACAACGGCAAAUUAGAAACACAAGUGUACAGAAAAACUACCCACACCAACCAAGUGCUCUACUACCAAAGCAAUAAAUCAACCUCCCAUAAGAGAAACUGUGUAAGAACUUUAUGUAGAUGAACACAAACUCACUGCAGCAACCCUGAACAGCAGAAAAAGGAAACAGAGUAUUUAUGCAACAUAUUCCAACAAAAUGGAUAUCCAUGCAACUUUAUCAAAAAGUGCCUGACCCAAUACAGCUCAACCAACACAAGCCCUAAAAAGAGUAACACUGUCAUACAUCAACAAUGUCUCAGAAAUCACCAACAGACUACUGCAACCACAUGGAAUCAACAUAGCACACAAGGCAACUAAAGCCCUUCAAAAUGUCCUAAAUAAAUCAAAAUGCCCAGCAGCCCCAGAAGAAAAAACAGUUAUCGACAACAUACAGUAUAAUGAUUAUAACAACCACACAUAGGACAAACAGGCAGAAGACUGGCAGAAUGCAUCCAUGAACACCAGCUAGCAUUCAAAAUACAUGAUGAAAACUCUUUAAGUUCAUAACAUAUGGACAGAAUUAACCAUAGUCUCAAUUGGGAAACUGUGAUCAUUCUGGACCUGGACUAAGCCAAGUCCAAAAAUGAUAGGGAAUUUUUAGAAGUUUGGCACUCUGACAAGAGACACAUAGACAUAAACAAUAUAUACUAUGCAAAAGAGACAAUCAACAAACCAAAAAGGGAACAAAAAACACCUCCCUACCAGCAAUUAGCACUUAGAUGAGCAUAGAUUAACUCCAAGAUUAACAUCAUCAACAAUUAUCUUAGUUCAGAUUCAACCCACAAUAAAUAAACUUAAUCAUGGAUGGACUUUUGCAUUAUAUAAAUCCCGCACAUGCUAUUUCUCUUUUAAGUGCUUUAAAUGAACAGCGUCUGAAAGGACAACUUUGUGAUGUUGUUCUCAUAGUAGGAGAUCAAAAAUUUCGAGCUCAUAAAAAUGUUCUAGCUGCCAGCAGUGAAUACUUCCAGUCUCUCUUCACUAAAAAAGAAAAUGAGUCUCAGUCAGUAUUUCAACUUGAUUUCUGUGAACCAGAUACCUUUGAUAAUGUAUUAAACUACAUUUAUUCAUCAUCUUUGUUUGUUGAAAAAAGCAGUCUGGCUGGUGUGCAAGAGGUAGGCUACAGUCUUGGAAUUUCCUUUCUUACUAACAUUGUAUCUAGAAGUCCUCAAGUUCCUUUGCCUGCAUGUCCGAUCAAGAAAAUACUAUUCCAAGAAGAUGAUGAAAGUGGCUCCCAGAAAAGAAGUGUCAUUGUUUGUCAGAGCAAAAAUGAAACACAGGGGGGAAAUCUUGGUCAAACCUUCCAUGAUAUAAGCCAUAGUUCUAAUUUUUUGUCAUCAGUUGCUAUCAAAACUAAGUGGUCACAACAGUCAACUGAAUUUCAACAUAGCCUAUCACUAAAUGAAAAGAGAUGGUUGAAAGAUAGUUCUUUAAGAUACUCAAAGACCCAUGAAUCUUCAGUUACAAUGGAUGAUCAAAGUAGAAUGAAAAGAAAUGCAAUAUUAUCACAGAAAUCUUUUGUAGAGAAAGAACUGGCAGUUGAUGAACUAGGAGAAAGUGAUCAACUAUUAAGAGGAAAGACAGAGGAAAUAUCCUUGAAACAGGUUUGUCCACCUGUUGAAUCUGUAUGCAGUUCAUCAGAAGCCACAUUUUUGCUGAAUGAAAGAAACAAAGGAAGUACUAGUUCAGGUGAAGACAGGAAUUUACUAUACUAUUCAAAAUUAGGAUUAGUAAUCCCAUCUAGGAUAGCUGGUCCUGAAAACCAAAGUACUGACAGGAGUGGACCACUUGUAAAAAGUCUUCUUCGAAGGUCAUUGUCAAUGGAUAGUCAAGUUCCUAUAUCUUCACCAUCUAUUGAUUUAAAGCUUUCUCAAGGAUCUUCAGUGGGGAACAAUGCACAAGGAAUAAUGUUGAAUGUAAUAUCACGAAAGUCACCCAUGAAAGAUACUUCAGAAAUAGCAGCUUCUGAUGAUAAGACACAGAUAGUGCAUCCACAUCGUCUCAGAUCCUUCAGUGCUUCUCAAUCAACAGACAGGGACAUGAAUUCUCAAGAAGUACAGAUUAAAAUGGAACCUAGGAGUCCACUUUCAGAUCCAUCUGAAAUUAUAAGAAUUACAGUGGGAGAUACUUUAUCAUCUAUCAACAAAAGUGACUGUUUUAAGACUGAAGAUGUCCACAGAGAACUCACUAACUCUUUUAAAGCAGAAGAUAGUGAGCUCAAUAGACUUCCAGCUAAAAGAAGAUUUCAAGCAGAUAGAAGGCUACCACUAAAAAAAAUGAAGGUAGACCAACAUGUUUCCCCAGAGUCAGAGGACAAUUUUGAAGAGAAUUUGAAUCCUGUACCCUUUGUUGAUUUCCCAGAUUCUGAUGUCAGCAGAGAUGAAUGUGGUGAACUGGAGGAAACAAAACCUAACAAAAAAUUUAAGUGCAAACACUGUCUUAAGAUUUUCAGGUCAACAGCAGGUCUACAUCGUCAUGUCAAUAUGUACCACAAUCCAGAGAAACCAUAUGCUUGUGAUAUUUGCCAUAAGAGAUUUCACACAAACUUCAAAGUUUGGACCCAUUGCCAGACACAACAUGGAAUUGUAAAGAACCCCUCGCCUGCUUCUAGUUCACAUGCUGUCUUAGAUGAAAAAUUCCAGAGGAAAUUAAUUGAUAUUGUAAGAGAACGGGAAAUUAAAAAGGCUUUGAUUGUUAAAUUAAGACGUGGUAAACCAGGGUUUCAGGGACAAGCUAGUUCACAAGCUCAACAAGUCAUCAAAAGGAAUCUGAGGUCAAGAAAUAGAGGAGCUUACAUUUGUACCUACUGUGGGAAAGCAUAUCGCUUCCUGUCACAGUUUAAACAGCAUAUAAAAAUGCACCCAGGAGAAAAACUGGUUGGAGGAAAUAAAACUCUUGUUAAACCAAAAGAAGAUAGUCGCAUUGAAAACCCGGUGGAAAACAAAAAAGUUUAUCAGUGUCGUAUUUGUAAUGCUAAACUUUCGUCUCUUACUGAACAAGGAAAUCAUGAGCGGCUAUGCCGGAAAGCAACAGUUUGUGCUUACUGCAGUCUUCUGUUUUCUUCUCCAGAACUGAAGCAUGACCAUGAAGUCACAUGUGAAUAUAAGAAGCUCACUUGCUUAGAGUGUAUGCGAACUUUUAAAUCCUCCUUCAGUAUUUGGCGCCAUCAAGUUGAGGUGCACAAUCAAAAUACUAUGGCUCCAACAGAGAAUUUUUCUUUACCAGUUUUGGAGCACAAUGGUGAAGUAAGUAAUGCUUCAAAACCACAUUAUCAAGCAGAGCCUAACAAAAUUGGCAGCUUUCUUGCAGCUAAAGAAGAUGGUGUAUUUAGUGAUUCCUCAGAGCAAAUCAAUUUUGAUUCAGAAGAUUCCUCAUGCCUUCCUGAAGACCUUAGUGUUUCCAAACAGUUGAAAGUUCAAAUCAAAGAAGAACCUGUGGAUGAUGUAGAAGAGGAGAUCUCUGAAAGCAGCCGGGAACCAAAGGAAGGCAUUGCUAAUAAGGAGACUGGUUUGUGGCCCUGUGAAAAGUGUGGAAAAAUUUUCACCGUACACAAGCAGCUAGAGCGUCAUCAAGAGCUUUUAUGUUCAGUGAAACCCUUUAUUUGCCAUGUGUGUAAUAAGGCUUUCCGAACCAAUUUCCGACUGUGGAGUCAUUUCCAGUCCCAUAUGGCACAAACUUCGGAAGAACCUUUGCGAAAAGAACCUGAGAUGUGUUCUUCUGCUAAUUCUCCUUCACCACCACCUUUGCCUCCACCCCCUCCGCUUCCCAAAAUACAGCCUUUGGAACCUGAUAGUCCUACCAGCCUGUCAGAAACCCCUUCAGGUAGUGAGAAAUUAUUUGUUCCACAGAAGUCUGACACACUUUUUUAUCAUGCACCACCAUUGUCAGCUAUCACAUUCAAAAGACAGUAUAUGUGCAAACUUUGCCAUAGGACAUUCAAAACUGCAUUUAGUCUUUGGAGCCAUGAACAGACACACAAUUAAAGAAAACUUUUAAAAGAGUGCCUAAAGAAAGUUUCAAAUAUCUGUUUAAUUUCUGUGAUGUUUCUGAAAUUCUAUCACUGAAAGUAGAUUAUAUAUAUAUAUAAUAUAUAUAUGGCAUACACAUGCAUAGGGUAAAAAAAAAAACUCAAAAUUAAACUUGAAAUUUGUGAUGCUGUGUUUUGGAUAUAGAAAUGAAAGUAAACUAAAUUUAUCCUUACUAGAGAAAAUUGUGCAAACUUUUUGAUAUUGUGAUUUCAGAUUUCCUAGUUAUAGAAUAUUUGCAUUCAUUAAAUCUGAGUAUAUAUUUAUCAUAAUGUUAUACUGGUAAACACGGAUACAUGUAAAAAGAAUCAGUGACUUAAGUAUUUAGAGUACAGCAAAAAUUUCAUGCUAGUUGUUUUUACAGAAAAUAACUCAUGAGCUCCAUAUAUUAGUCAUUCAUUUGAUAUUAAGGGAAGAAGUGGAUUGAGUGCUUUGCUGUUUUGGCCUUGGUCCUGUUGAACAUUAGCAAUAAUGAAUAAAACCUCAAUUGAAUUAACUUGACCCUUAUUGAAAAAAGGUUGCUUAUCUUGGAAUAAUUUCAUUACUGGAAUUUUCUGAAUGAAUAUUGUACAAGAUGUAAUCAAAGAUUAGCAAUAUGUGAGCAUUUGGAUUUUUAUACAUAUACAAGUAGUCCUCAAGUUACGAUAAUAAUUGAGCCUAAAAUUUCUGUUACUAAGUGAAACAUUUGUUAAGUGAAUUUUGCCCCAUUUUACCAACUUUCUUACCACAUUUAUUAAGUGAAUCACUGCAGCUAUUAAGUUAGUGACAUGAUUAAGUGAAACUGGCUUCCCAAUUGACUUAGCUUGUAAAACGAUCGCAAAAGGUGAUCACAUGACCUCAGGAUACUGCAGCCAUCAUAAAUAUGAGUCAUUUGCCAAGGAUCUGAAUUUUGAUCACAUGACCAUGGGGGAUGCUGCAAGAGUUGUAAAUGUGAAAAACAGUCAUAAGUCACUUCUUUUCAGUACUGCUGUAACUCUGAAUGGUAAUUAAAUGAACUACCUGUACAGUAGGUGUGAACCUUUCUUUGGCUGCCUUAAAAAAGAUUCUUAAUGUUGGAAUACGAUACAGUGCUUAUCUGAUCCUCAGAGGCUGAUAGCCUUAUAUUUUAAUACACAGAAUUAAUGUAAGAAGAAGAAGCAAAUUGAUAUUCCAAUGCAAACUAUUUCAUUUUUGAAUGAAAUAGCAUUUAAUAGAUAUCAUAAAUUAAAUUAUUCUUAGCUUCUGAUCCAUAUUGGUGCUUAUUUCAUUAUAGUGAAAAGUAUGAAUAUGAACAUUUUAAAAAUGAGAAAAUUCAUUUCCAUUACUGAGUAAUAGGGUGCCCAGCCAAGGCUGCAAAAAAGUGUUUGGAAAAAAAGUUCAAAUGUAAAUAAUUAUGUAUGUAUAAAUGAAAAAUGAAUAGAAAAUUUAUAUUAACUAUGCUUAGGUAAAAGUGCAGGAAGAAAUGCAACACCCAAAAGCAAUGUAUUUCAUAAAUGAAAAUCCACAAUGAACUUUUCUAUCCAGUAUCCUACUUUCAGCACCUUUUUGUUUUGUUUAUUUAAGAUUAAAGUGAUUAGAAUAUUGAGCCAUAAUCUAAUGCAAAUUUAAGCCCACCGAUUUUCCUUGGCCAAAAUGCCUGUGUACAUUCAGCGAUAAUUAAAAUAGUGUUUCCAGAUGUGGUGCUCUUCAAUUUCAUAAUUCCCCACCAAAUAUGGCCAGUUUAGAAACUUUUCAAGCAGUUCAUUUUAAUGCAUGUUUUAUUUAUUCACAUAGACAUCUGCACUCAUGCACAUGUACAGUUGCAGCAUAAACAACUUUCCCAAACAUGCAUGUGUAUUCAUCAGUAGUAAUACAACAUCCUUACAUAAGAAUUCUUGUUCAUUGAUUUCUUCUUUUGGUAUAAUACAACCAUUGUAGUAGACAAGCUUCCUAUAUCAGUUGACCUACAAUUAAAAUGGACUGAUACAGUAUGAUGAUGAGUUGUAGCAUCCAUAUAUGACUAAGUAGAAUAAUUAAUACAGAAUUCUGCCAAGCAAUUGGAGUUCUAUUUCCUGCUGAAAAAUUAACAUAUAGCCCUGGUUUAUUUUAAGUUUGAUCUAGUGUCCAUAUAUUAGAAUGAAUGAUAAGAAUGUGAGUGCUGUAGAUGCAUCAACUGACAUUUUAGAUCGUGAUGUAAGAAUUUUUUUGGAGCUAGAGUAAUCACAAGAUUCAUUUAUUUUAUGCUAUUUAAAAACAUAAAGGGAAACUUGUUGAGUUUCUAGAACAAAAAAGAACAAUAGGACACUAAUACUAGAAUCUAAUAGAAAUGAAAUAUGAGCAGUAAAUAAAAUGUCAUUGUCAGUCAUGUUAUUAGAGCAACUUAAAAUUACAAUAUUUUUUAAAGUUAAAAAUCAGAUCUAUAAAAUACAUGUGACCUAGUGAGCUCCGUGUAAUGCUUAUUGGGGUUUUAAAAUUUUAUUUUCUAUAGUCGGCUGAUCAAAAGUUGCUGUAGGAAAUAUGGGUUGUCAUAUCACUUUUUGAUCAAACAUGGUAAGUUCUUGAGUGUCCAUGAUCCAAAUAUUAAACAAUUUAAGAAAGGCAGAAAUAAGUUUCACAAGAAAGCUGUAUAGCAAAUUUUGAGGCCCUUGCAUCCAGCUUCUGGUGAAAUCAUACUUUAUUGUGGGAAUUGUAAGAUAUUUCUGGACAUCAACAGUUGCUUGGAGCAGUUACUACAUUAUCGCUGUUGACGUUCUUUUGUACCUGGGCUUUAUUGAUAAUCACUUGUCUAUGCUGAUAAUUGAGAAGUUUAACCAAGUUUGCAUGGUAUGUUAUCCAUACUUAAAUGAACUGAGUUCCCAAAAUCAUAUGAGUAAGUUCUUUCACCACAAUUGGCUACAAUGUAGUUAGUGAGUGGAUCAGAGAAAGGCAUCUCCAAAACACACGCUAUUACAAGAAAGCUAUACGAUUAUAUCCACCUGACCACCAAAUUCUCCCCAAGAUAAUUACUCUUCAGUGACUAGUGUGUUGUGAGAAGAAAGCUUUUGUGAAUCCUAACUAAUGUGAUGGACACAUUUUUCUCAACCAAAAGUCAUUCUUGACCUUUCAGUGGCAUGAUGGAGGCUAUAUUCCACGAAGUAUUUAUGAGGUCUGGGGAAAAAAACUAGAUUUUAUAUUUAAUUAUAUUAAAUGUGUUGAAAUGAUUAUUAUCCGGGCGUUUAUUUUUUUCUAUUUUCAUAAAAAUCAAUUUCCUUUUGCCCUGCUGUCAGAUAAAGAAUUACAAUUUAACAAAAGUAUUUGAAUACAGUAAUUUUUGGGGUCUGCAUAUAAGGCUUUCAGACACCAUUUGUAACUGGGCUCUCAGGUUGUGAGCCUAUGAAGUUUAAUAAAGUUCUUUCAGAAAGAUUUAUUCAGAAGCAAUCUUUAUAUUAUUAAAGAAAUUUAGAAAUAAUUGUCAGAAUUAGUUUUGAUCAGGCUUUUGUAUAGUCUUUUCUUUUUUAAAAAAGAGGGAAACAUCUGACUAAUUUCCUCAAGCUAUAAGGAAAAAGCAAUAAUUUAACAGCAAAGUUUACAAAUAAAUUAUCAUCUUAUUCCCAAACUAAACCAUGUACUUUAUUUUUAUUUUAAAUAUAUAAAUGAAUGUAUAAAAAGCUAAUAUCUUCAGAACAAGGUUCAUACUCACGCAGUUUCUGAACAAUGACAUUUUUAACUUCAGAAUAAAGAACUCUUGAUAAUUUAAAAAAGUGAAUUUACAUUCUUCUGCUUAUUUAAACUAAAUGCAGCCUUUGCUAUUUUUAUGGCAAACAUUGCAUACCUAAACUAGACUCUCACAGAAUAUUUUCUCAGUUCCGCAUUUCUCCUGUCAUCCCAUUAUAGUGCCUGCAUGGAAAACUUAACAUGAACCAGGGAUUUAGUCAACCAUUUUUUCCAUCUAUUGCAUUACAACAAAUAUAUGCGCUUUUGCCUCUUUCGCUUUGGAGUUAGAUAUUAACAUAGUUUUUCAGAGUUUGUUACUAUGUGCUUGAAGGUAGCUGUUGCUACUCCUAUAUGGGGGGGAAUAUGUGAACCAGCUCUGAUGAUCUCUACUGCCUAUACACAAGAUUUGCUCAUCAUUCCCAUUACCAUAGCACUUACUUUGAUUUCUUUUAAAAUGUGCACAACACUUUUGAAUUACACUUAAACCAGUAACACAAAGGUUGACUUUUAUAGAUUAGAAUUCUCAUUUCUUUCAACCACUUAACUAUAUUUUAUUUUAGUAGGGCUUCUGUUAGAAAACCUCCAACUAUUGAAUGUGUAGCUAUCAACUCUGCCAAACAAGCUCCCCCUGCCAUUAUGUCUAGAUUUAGUAGAAACUCUUCUACUAAGUCUUAUUUAAUAAAUAUAUAUUGCUUGUAAUAAAAGAAAAAUCAACAUACAUUUUAUUUAUAACAGUAUCAUGAUUUUUUUCUAUUAUACAAACAAUAAAGACAUCAAUUUAUUGCUCAGAUCUACAUUUUAUUAAAUAUAGUUCAUACAUUCUAAUUUAGAGCUUAACAUGAGAUAAAGAUUCAAAGUCAAAAAUAUCACUAAAAUAUCAAUAUGCAUAGGAGGAUACAUGUAACUAUUUUAGUUAUACGUAUCUAGUUUAAUUACUAUUUGCAAAUUCAUACCAUAUUUGCAAAAAUGACACUUGAAAUUAAAGUUCAUUAAAUAACUGGAAUUCUACCCUAGCAAAGAUUUAUCAUUAUCUACAUAUGAAUGUAGAUCCUAAACAAUAAAAUUUAAAUAUUUUAUUUAAAACAAGCGCUGUGCUAAACCCUGUUCAAAAAUUAAUCUUUCUAAAAAGGUAUGAAAUAAGAGGAAAAUUCUAAAAAGAAUAAUUCUAAACUUGCAUGCCUAAAUAGCAAAUACAUAUGAACAUUGUAGCAUUUUAACAAAAAACUUGGUUUUUUUUUUUAUAAAGUGGAAUGGAUAACAGUAGCCCAAUUGGUUCAGAAACAUCUUCAGUUAUUUAAUUGUGGAUACCGGAUACUUCAAGUAGCAUUUGGUUUAGUGAAAGGUAGCUUUUUAUCAUCUUUCAAUAAUGCAUAUUGAAAACCAUAUCCCAUUUUUCUAAAGGUGCACCUGCUUCUCCCAUCUUUCCUAAUUAUAGCAGCAAUGUUCAAAUUUUUGUAGGAGAAAGCACUUCUGCCUCUGGCACUGUAAAAUAGCUGAAUGUAUCCAGUAAUCCUCAUAAAAACACAACCGCCAUUGAGCUCAGCAAAUCCUAAUAAAUCCUACCUGCCAAUACAGUCAAACAGCCAGUAUUUUUUAUUGUGAACUACAUCACACCCUUUUAAUUGUUAAGAUUUCAUCAUAAGAUCUUGUUUUGUUUUCUUUGAAUGAUGUAUCUCUUGGAUUAUAUGUAGGCAGAAAUAGAGGGGGGAGAUGUUAGUGGUUGUUCUGCAGUCAUAUGUAAUUAAAUUGAAUUUUGAAAUUACAAGAUAUACCAAACCAAGUCCUUUAGAAGCUACCAUAGGCAAUAUGGUCAUAAAUUGAUAGUCAGCUAUUAAUCUUUAAUUAAAAUUAAUUUAGCCUUAAUCUUUUAGCUUGUGCUUAUUGUGUUAAAAGAAUACUGUUUACAUUUUAUUGCCUGAAUGUUGGAUACAAUUAAAGCACACUAAUUUUCUUCCUCCUGCAAUGGCAAUUAUCUAAUCAGUAUUAAAACCAAAUAUAUUGCUGACCACAAAUGCAACAGGGAGUCAUUUUUAAAACCAAAUAUGUUGCUGACCACAAAUGCAACAGGGAGUCAUUUUUAAUAGAAUAGCUGGGUUAGCUUAUGUUUCCCAAUAAUAAAGGAAGAUGAACACUCCAUAAGGUUCUAAAUUUAUUAAUACUUCAUAUACUGAAAAAGAUAUCUAAAAUUUUACUUUCCAAGGUUGAAUAAAGUUAUUUUACUUUUUUUAAAAAAGCCAUUGAAUUCAGUAGAUCCAAAUAGUACCCUAUUCACAGUUUUAGCACUUGCAUGGUAAGCUGUUGAGAUAUUAAAAUUUCCAGAUUUUUUUAUAGUUCUUGUAUAAGAAUUGUGUGGAAUGCAUGAAGUUUGUAUUUCUGAUGAGGGUUUUUUUAAAAGAACUUUACUCUUUAUUGUCCUUAGAUGAUUACACAUACAACCAGUUUCAUUUUAAGUGUCUGUAAAGUGAUUCUGUAUAGCUAAUAGAUGAAAUUUAAAUGCUUGGCAAAAAUAGAUUUUUUUAAAAAAAUGAGAAAAGGCCUACUUUUUUAUGAUAUUGCUGUCUAAUUUUGGGGACUGCAUUAGAAAAGCACGUGGAGUAAUCAUGUCCAAGAAAUAACCAGGAAUAUAUUUAAUUUCUAUUGAGUUUUUUCUGGUUUUAAAGUAAAGAUAUGUAACAUAAAUCUGUUGUUAUAAUUAUGUAUAUCUUGUAUACAUUAGUUUACUAUCUAUGUUAAUUUUAAAGUAGAAAUCUAACUUUUUUAGAAUUGAAAAUUCCUAAUUUCAAAUUCUUUUAAUGUACUGUUGCUGUUUUGUAUUACUUUUCUACUGUGUUUUAAUUAUAUAGUUCUUUAUUAAGAAAAUAUGGAGUAAAAUAAACUUGUUCUAGAGAGU